UCCGAGAGUUGGCAGCCCAAAUUCACCGUUUCAUAUCGGUAUUUAGACGAACAGAAUGUUACGAUAGCAGCUCAUGGCGUCGUUGUCUGAUAUUUAUUUUGUGAUUCCGAAGCGUAUUAGCAUUGCGUUUUCUGCGAAUUUCUCAACACUGAAUGGUCGUAAGGCAACUGGAGUCGUGUUCUCUCCGUCACAACAUCGAGUGUGGCAGCUUCAGUCGCUCCUCUUCACAAGCAGCUAGCAAGGCGCUUGUAUCCGAAGCAUCCGAAAGCAUCGCGUCUGCGUCUGAAAACCGCCUUCAGACAUCCUGCCCCACCGAGCGGUUCCCCUCUGAUGGACCAGACGGUGUCUGUGUUUGGAACAAGGCACCAUGUUUCCUUGUCAUGUAAGCCCCUGGCCCUCUGCUGAGCCCCCUGCCGCCUGUGGCAGUCAUGCUCCUUCAGCUCAACAAGCACAGCCACUGCCCGACCUUCUCUGCAGCUGCCCAGCUCCGUCUUCGAACACCCAUGCCGAGACGCCUUCCCCAGACCCCAUGGAUUCCCUCAUUGUGGUUACAGAGUAUGAACCCAGUGCACCACCUGGAGGGCCAGGGGAGGAGGUAGAAGACAUGGACAGCUCAGAGACACCUGAUUCAGUUUCUUCUGCGGCUGGAACGUUUCGCACACCGUCCUGCGACCUGCUGUCACACACGGUGGGACGCUCAGAAUCUCUGCAGCCUCACAGCCAGGAACAGCGAGGACGAUUAAACCUGUCAGACAGAAAACUCUCUCUGCAAGAGCGAUCGCAGUCUUCGAUAUUACCCUGCGGAUCGGCAGGUCUUAAUGGACGUUACAUUUACCCGUCCUUACCGUACUCCCCCAUCACAUCGCCCCACUCAUCGCCACGCUUGCCACGCCGGCCAACAGUGGAGUCACACAGCGUUUCUAUCACUGACCUCCAGGACUGUGUUCAGCUAAACCAGUACAAGCUGAAAGAUGAGAUCGGAAAGGGUUCCUAUGGUGUUGUGAAGCUGGCGUACAACGAAGACGACAACAUGUACUACGCGAUGAAGGUGUUGUCCAAGAAAAGAUUGAUGAGACAGGCUGGCUUCCCACGGAGGCCUCCACCACGUGGAGCCAGACCUGGGACAGAGGGGCCACCGCAGCCUAAGGGGCCCCUGGAGCGGGUCUACCAAGAGAUUGCCAUCCUGAAAAAACUGGACCAUCCAAACGUAGUGAAACUAGUUGAGGUUUUGGAUGACCCUGGUGAGGACCAUCUGUACAUGGUUUUCGAGCUGGUGCGGAAAGGUGCUGUGAUGGAGGUGCCAACUGAUAAACCCUUCAGUGAGGACCAGGCGAGAUUUUACUUCCAGGAUCUGCUCAGGGGAAUUGAGUAUUUACACUAUCAGAGGAUCAUCCACCGAGACGUCAAGCCCUCCAACCUGCUGGUGGCAGAAGACGGGCAUAUCAAGAUCGCAGACUUUGGCGUCAGUAACCAGUUUGAGGGGGCGGAUGCCCUCUUAACAAGCACAGUGGGUACCCCAGCUUUCCUGGCACCCGAGGCCCUGUCAGAGACCAGGAAGAACUUCUCUGGAAAGGCUCUGGAUGUGUGGGCCAUGGGAGUGACUCUCUACUGUUUUGUUUUUGGAGUGUGUCCGUUCAUGGACGAGAGGAUCCUCAGCCUCCAUCAGAAAAUAAAGACACAACCGGUGGAGUUACCUGAACAUGCCGAUGUAUCCGAUGACUUGAAGGAUUUGUUGUUGAAAAUGCUGGACAAGAAUCCAGAGACCCGAAUAUCAAUUCCACAAAUUAAGGUUCACCCGUGGGUGACGAGGCACGGAGCAGAGCCCCUCCCUCCGGAGGACGACAACUGCUGUAUGCUGAUUGAGGUGACUGAGGAGGAAGUGGAGAAUUCUGUGAAACACAUUCCCAGCCUGGCUACAGUGAUCCUGGUGAGAACCAUGCUGAGGAAACGCUCCUUCGGCAACCCCUUUGACUUGGCCCGCAAAGAGGACCGCAACAGUUUGUGUGCAUCAGGAAGCACUUUUGCGAAACAAGCGAGCGGUGACGGCAUGACAAGUCUGGACCUUCCCUAUGUGGGAGAGGACGAGGCUCUCUCCUGAUGCCGAAGCUGCUUUGCCCAGCGCUUCCUGCCUACCGGCAUGUCCCCGCAGCACAAGACCCUGAACUCCCUCUGUCACCUGGACGUGUGACGAAAGCAGGAUAUAAAGGGACGGCACUUUGACUUGUUUUUCCUCGCUUUCCUCUUCUGGUGUGACAACCACAGGAGGGGCCCUGUGGAUCCGUCAUCACUCCUCCCUCUCUUGAUCUUGCAUGCGUAUGUAUCCCCGGCAUGCUCCGUCUCAGGCUUCUCCUGUACAGUUUUGUGCCCGAUUGUAGUUCAGCCGCUCGUGUUUAUCCUCGUCUUUACUUGACAACUUUUCCAGGUAGGCUGUUUUGGGACCAAGAGGCACAAGGUGAUGGAAGCAACCUCACCACAACCCGUUUUUCUCUUAGGUAGAGCAGGUGACAACGAUUGUCUGAUCCACUCUGCUUCAGGGUAGCAGCUUUCAGCUUUGUACAUAACAUCUAAACAGACGUUUCUCCAGAGCAGGAGACAGGAAGUGGCAGUGUUUACGUCAUUGAAUUCAACCUGUAAAAUAACUUUAUUUAAUGUAAACCUGAGAACAAUGCAACUUAGCUUCCCGUUUUAAAAUAGCUUUAAAGCAGUACGAGUUGUGGUUUGUAAACGGUCAUUUCCUUCCAUGUCCUUCCACUCAGUCGAGCAAAUCUGUUGCCUGCAGUAAGAGGCUUUGACUACCUACCUUCAUUUGUCAUUUUUUAAAAAAGGUAUUCAUGUUGUUUCAUCCUGUCAUUUACUUCUCACAAUACAUGUCAGAAUGUUAUUAUUGCUAUGAUGUGUUUAGCAGUUUCAAGAGUUACCAAAAGAAGAAAAAAACCCUUUAUUUAUUUGGGAUGGGUGCAGCAAUUUAAGCGCACUGCAGCUGCUGACUUUUUUUUUUUGUGGAAAUCUAUGCAUGACCCAUCCGCAAGAAGAGUUCCGGUGCCAUCUGUGGCUUUUAUAUUACGUCUUGUGUUCAUGUGACCAUAAACAAGCUCUUUUCCGUUUCCGGAAUAAACGCCGUCCCUAUAUUUAUCAACGUGCUUUCACACACUCAGCACUUGUGUGUGUUGAAUGUAUAAAACAAAAGGGAUUUUUUUUUCUUUCCUAAACUGCAUGUUUUAAUGCUCUAUGCACAUCACUUGAUUUGGAGUUCACCCUGUCAUAUUGUUGAAACAGCUGGUUAAGGAGGGCUACUUUAACUUAUCUUGUAUAUAUGAUGCAACUUAUUUGUUAAUGUACAUUUCCUUUUUUUUUGCACAACAAUCCAGGUCCCUCACCUCGGUUUCUGUAACACAUUAGUCUAACUAUCAGGUUCACUUUGUACUAGUUGACCUUAAGAGAAGUUAGAAAAGAGAACAGGAAUGAACUGAAUUUCACGAGGCACAGUUGCACAAGUCUACAUUUUAUUUCAUCAAGUCAUCUGUAUUUAGCUGAGGGGAAAAAAUAAUUUUGGAACAUAUAGAGUCUUUCAGGAACCUAAAUGUGAAUGAAUUAAUAAUAAUAAUAAUAAUAAGUCAAGCUGUGGGAGGGUCACUUAACACACACAGUACACACUUUACGGUACACAACUAAGCAGUUCAGUAAUGCACAGAAAAUGUAAUACUUUAGAAACUGUUCAAAGAACCUUUACUCGCAUCAUGAAGUGAAUUCAUGCACUGAAUAUACAGAUUAGCACCCUUAAAAUAAGUAUAAAAAAAGAACCUCAAUGUGAUUUUACAAAUAUAUAUAUACGUCACAGAAAGACUGCUGUCUUGUGCCACAGAGCAAACCCUGCCACCUAUACUUGGAUUACCACUUCAUUUCAAGGUUGUUUUGGGAGUAAAUGCAGCACGAGAACUAUCGGUGGCCCUUUAAAUGCUCUAUUGAACUAUGAAGAUGAUAAUGUCAUUUUACAGUUGCCAUGUGAUGUUAUUCACUUUGAGGACUUUAUUUCCUCAGAAUGCAUGCAAAGCUAUUGUUACAGCAUGAAAAUGGCAAACUCUACUGUAUCUUGUUAACCAAUUUCAAUAAUAAAAACGUUCC